AUGGAGUUGGAAUUGUUUGAUGUUUGGGGGAUUGAUUUCAUGGGACCAUUCCCACCCUCAUACUCAAACAACUAUAUAUUUGUGGCUGUGGAUUAUGUGUCAAAAUGGGUAGAGGCCAUAGCUACAUCAACAAAUGAUAACAAAAUGGUGAUUAACUUCUUGAGGAAAAAUAUAUUCAGUCGGUUUGGGGUUCCAAGAGCUCUUAUAAGUGAUGGGGGAACUCACUUUUGCAACAAGCAACUUGAGACACUCCUCCUAAAAUAUGGUGAUAAGCACAAGAUAGCAACCCCAUACCACCCACAAACCAAUGGUCAAGCUAAAAUUUCAAAUAGAGAGUUGAAGAGAAUCCUUGAGAAGACCGUUGGGAACUCAAGAAAAGAUUGGUCCAAGAAGCUAGAUGAUGCACUAUGGGCCUAUAGAACAGCUUUUAAGACACCCAUUGGGAGCACCGGAGCUGUCACAGAGGGAGUGCCGGAGCUUCUCCCAAAAGAUAAGGAUUCAGAAGGUGGCGAAGGUGGAAACGAACAAGGACAACAAGGGAAGGCGUCAGAGGGAGAAGAACGAGCUAGCGAAUCGCCUUGCGAAACUGAGCCUCAGCGCGGCGUGAUGAAGAGUUCAGAUAAACCUCCGAAGGGGUCGAAUUCAGGAACCCUAGCUACUGAAUCACCUGUUGUGAACAAUGGGAGUGAUGUUUCCUAUGAUUUUCCACAGGACAAUCACUUUGCUCCGCCGUUUGGAUCUCAUCGCCUUCCUUCGGUUGCUUCAUUCAGGACAUGCCUAAUGGAUACUCCAAAGUGA